AUGGCAGACACUGAAUCUCAGGCAGCGCAAGCCCAUCAACAUGCAGUCGAAUUGAACAGACAGGCAUUUGACGAAGUGCUAGCUCAGAAAUAUGAGAAAAAGGAAACACAAAUCUUAAUGGCUUAUUUAUUUGUUAAGCAUAUGUUGGAGUUUGAUUUAAGUUUACCGGUAAAACGAAAGAGUUUGGCGGAGUCAGAACUAUUGUUGGGUGAUGCUCAAUUACCAUUUAAUGGGUUUAAUAGAAAUGAAAUUUUGCCUGAUCCAAAGACGUACUUGGCAAACUACCCAAAUUCAAUUUUCCAUCCAGGUGUGAAGUUGUUGGAUUUCGCUUGUGGGACUGGGAUGGUGACUGAGUUGUUUGUGCCUUACUUGACACUGGAUAGUAAGAAAAGUGAUGCAGAGGUCAAGAGCGAGAUUGUCGGCAUUGAUAUUGGGCCUACUUUCUUGAAGUAUUUUAAUGAGAGAGCUGCUAAGUCGAGUAGUGACAAAUUAUCAAUGAAGUCUUAUGAAUACGAUGUGCUUGAUCCAAAAUUACAACCAGAGUUGACGAAGUUUAACAACCACUUUGAUGUCAUAUUUUCCACUAUAUCUUACCAUCACAUUCAUAAUUAUCAACAAGUAACCAAGAAAUUGGCAGAAUUCUUGAGACCCGGUGGAUGGAUGUUUAUUAUUGACUUUUACAAUGAAGACGUUGAAGAGAUUGACGAUUCUGACAUGAGAUCCUUAUCGAAUGAAGUUCAACAUAUGGGUGGAUUAAAAAUCGAUAAAUUAAACCACACAUUGGGUGAAAUUUCGGGAUUAGUGAAUGUAUCGAGUGCCAGAGAAUUUCGGGCAAAGUUAUGGCAGCCAGAUGUAUUUAUUCGUAGUCACAGUACUAAAUCCAUGGUUGAUAAAAUGAAGAACGGCGAGUUAGAGAGUAAAGAGAUUGAAGGACAGAUGAAUUACCUUGUUGAGAAUAGUUUUAUUUAUGCCAUUGGGCAAAAACCAGAAUCAAAAGUGAAGUAA